CGAAAUUUUUUUAUCAACAUCCACAAUUGUUCCAACGCCGAGUCUUUAAUAAUAUGCAUUUCAAGCCACCACCGACACAAACCCGUUCGUCCCAAUACAAACGCGCCUUAACGCCAGUUUCUUAAAUCUAAAUUAUUAAAAGCCAAUUGUACAUAAAACAAAUAGUUGUUUACAGAUAGUCAAUUUUUAAUGCUUGUUGUUGCCGUUUAUUUUUAUUUUGUAGGUGCUUAAGGUAGUCGUAAACUGGCUCGAGCGUACAUUGUUAAGUCAUUGUUAAUUGGAGAAGAAUUUGUUGUCUCGUCGAUAAUAAGUUUGCUGGACUGGUUUCUAACCUACGUUUAUUUAACGAUUAACCGACCAAGGCGAGGGGAAUUAUAUUUUAGGAAAAUGUCGAGUGUCGAGAGCCUGCCGCAACUACAGAAGGAGAUAUUCAAUAAAAUCAGUAGCAAUAAGACGGACGAUUUGAAGACGAUACUAGCCGCCAAUAAAGUCAAGGUCGAUUUUAUUGAUGAAAAUGGCAUGAGUCCGUUGCAACAUGCCUGUUACAAAGGCAACAGGGAAAUUGUGCAGAUGCUGCUCGAUCACGGUGCCAACACAAACGAAUGCCAGCAUGUGCACGAAUACACAGCCCUGCACUUUGCUGCAUUGAGCGGUAAUGCAGAUUUGUGUAAUCUUCUAUUGGCGCACGGAGCAAAGUUGAGCGCGACCAACAGCGUUGGGAGAACGGCUGCUCAAAUGGCUGCCUUUGUGGGGAAUCACAAUUGCGUCGUGGCCAUCAAUAACUUCAUUCCAAAAGCAGACAUAGAUUAUUAUAUAAAACCACAAGGUUUACAGACUGAGCCAAUGCUGCAUCCGCACAUAGCCGACAACUUCCACUUAUUUAUUAUGCAAGUUAACGUUAAUCCAGUUCGAGUAGUGUUGAAUUUACAAAAGUUUUUAGGCUUAAUAGAUAAUUUGCCAAUGAUUCAAAAGGUGCUGGAAGCAAUGCGCCAAAGAAAAAUGACCAGGGAUCAGGAGACGAACGAAGUAAUGGCCUUUAAGUAUCACUAUCUCAGUUGCGUGGUGGCGGAGGUAAUUAAGUGUCACAAGCAACAGGGGGCUUUAAAAGCCGAAAAGAACGACAAUGUUAAAGGGAUCGAAGAUAAGAAGUCGGAUGUGAUAGAGCUGCUUGUCAAGAAGUUCUUAAAAUGUAAAAGCGAUGGUACGUUCGAGUAUCAGGAAUUAUUUUUGAAAGAAACGGUAAGGGAAUUUCAGUACAGAAAUAGUAGAAUCUUUCGUCAGAUGGUCGCUACGCUAGCCAGUACGGAUCCACCAAGUGCCAUAUCGGUUAUCGAAGCGGCAAUCAAUGGACAACAAGUGUUCAACGACUAUUCUCAAAUUUGCAUCACGUGCGGAGAGGAAAAGGCAACCAAGAAAUGCAGCAAGUGCAAAUCGGUACAGUACUGCGACAGAGAAUGUCAGAGGCUGCAUUGGUUCAUUCACAAAAAGAUCUGCAAUCGAUCGAGUCAGUCCAACACAUCGCAUGUAAAAGUGUCAGAUUCAAGCAAUGAAUAAACAAGCGGUGCCCAGCUUCUCCAAUGCAAUAAAACUGUGGCUGUCAAUUAAAUCUUAUUUAUUUGUAUUUACAUGUAUAGUGAUAUAUUGUUUUACCGUAUGCUAACAUGAAAUGUUAUGUACUUGUCAUGUCUAUAUCGAUCUCGUAAUUGUAAAGCAUAAAUAUGAAACUUAUCCGUUUACCGUUACUUUGGGAGCUGAAAUUUCAUUGCAAUAAUUCUUAUACAACCAUGCAU